UCCUAUACCGUCUUUAGUGUAGCUAGCUCUCAGGGAUCUCCUUGGAACUCAUAACUUUCACCACCAUUUAACACCGACGCAAUAGAAGAAGAGAUUAGAGUCAUACCAAGUGAAAAUCGCUCCAAUCCCUCUGCACCUUCUAGCACGCCAAGCCAUUCGGAACAUGGAGCCGAAAGGGCUCACAAGACCAAGCGGAUAACUACAAACUGGGCACGAGACAGCCACAACCAAACGAAGCCGAAGAACACUCUAAGACCUGCAAAAGCAAAGGGUAACGACACCACCGCGAACACAAAUAUGCCCACGGCGUCGGGAAAUGUCACAACCACCGAUCAAGCCACCGAGGGAGGAGAUACUCUGCUGACAAAACAGAGACACACAAACCACUCGUCGAUCGUCUCAUCCGAGAACCGGACAAAGAUAGCCUAAGCCGUCAGAAGCUAAUCUUGUGGCAAGGAGAAGCUUUGAAAAAAAACACACACAAGAGUGAAACAAUCGGGAGCAAGUCGACACAACUCUCCAAUUGACGGCAACCAAAGGACGGGAAGAAGAACAGAGAUUGAAAGGAGGACCACAACAUCGCCUUGAAGACGCCAUAGACGACGUAUCCAACACCGCUCCGGAACAGCACCUCACGGAAGAACACCCCGAGUCCUGACACACGCCAGCUACUAGAGGCUACUAACGCCUUUGAGAAAAGGGACUCCAAAGCUCUCAAGAAGAAGAGGUCAGAGCCGACUCUGAACUAGACGCCUAGGAGAGAGCACAGCUCCGCCUCCACACUCCCCUUACCAGCAGGGAACCACCGGCAAGCCCAUCCAAUCUGCCUCCACACGCAGCUGUCUCCACAAGGGGCUAAAAGUACCCCUCACAAAACCCUAAAAAAUCCGACUUCACCAAACGCGAGCUCACAGACCCCGUGUCGAGGCUCCACCACCCAACAAGCUGCACCAACGCCGGAGCUUCCCUGCAGUAAAGACGGCACCGACGAGCCUCCAGGAGCAGAAACAUCGGACAAGACGAGGAGAGGGAAAGAUACGAAGGUGAAGCAAAGAGAAAACAGAGAUGAGGAAGAGAAGGAACCUCCGCCGUCGAGCGCUAACGUACCGGACACAAUCCGGCCACUCAACGACGGAGCAAAACGAAAUUGAAAGUUUUGGUUUUUAGAGAUGGAAGAGAGAGAUGAGAGAGAAAGUAGAUCUGGAAUCUAUUGGAUAAUUAGUCAACUGAAAGGAGGUGAAAGUGGGAAGUAUGAAGGAUUUGGUAGUCUUCAAGGAGCUAGAGUUGGAAUUGUGGCGAAACCAUCAGCUGAGUUUGUUGCAGGAGUCCUUGGGACUUGGUUUAGUGGUGGCGUGGCAGUUCCACUUGCACUCAGCUAUCCUGAGGCUGAGCUCUUAUAUGUCAUGAAUAACUCGGAUAUAUCUGUGUUACUGAGCACGGAGGACCACAGCGAAACUAUGAAAACGAUAGCAGCAAAGAGCGACGCUAGAUUUCAUCUGAUUCCUCCUGUUGUUAACUCAGCUUCGGAGACUGUUACACGCAAUCAGUUUCAAGAUGACAGUUUUGAAGGAGACGGAGAGCUUCUAGUCUGUGCAGAUGAUCCAGCAUUGAUCGUCUACACCAGUGGUACAACUGGUAAACCAAAAGGAGUUGUCCAUACUCACAAAAGCAUCAACUCUCAGGUUAGAAUGCUAACUGAAGCUUGGGAGUACACAUCUGCUGAUCACUUUCUCCACUGCCUCCCAUUACAUCAUGUUCAUGGUCUUUUCAAUGCUUUGUUUGCUCCUCUUUACGCUCGGUCUUCGGUUGAGUUUUUGCCCAAAUUCAGUGUUAGUGGAAUCUGGCGCAGAUGGCGUGAAUCAUAUCCGUUGAAUGAUGAGAAAACAGACGACGCCAUAACUGUAUUUACUGGAGUUCCAACCAUGUAUUCUCGGUUGAUACAAGGAUAUGAAACAAUGGAUCAAGAAACGAAAGAGUCGAGCGCUUUUGCUGUGCAGAAGCUUCGCUUAAUGAUGUCUGGCUCAUCUGCUCUUCCUAGACCGGUCAUGAAUCAGUGGGAAAGUAUCACAGGUCAUCGUCUUCUGGAACGUUACGGCAUGACUGAGUUUGUAAUGGCUAUAUCAAACCCCUUGCGAGGUGCAAGGAAGGCAGGUACUGUCGGGAAACCACUUCCCGGUGUUGAGGCUAAGAUUGAACAAGAUGAAAACGAUACGGAUGGAGUAGGCGAGAUCUGUAUAAAGAGCCCAUCUCUGUUCAAAGAGUACUGGAAUUUGCCACAAGUGACUAAAGAAUCGUUCACGGAAGAUGGAUACUUCAAGACCGGCGAUGCUGGUCGAGUAGAUGAGGAUGGACAUUACGUGAUUCUAGGACGUACCAGCGCUGAUAUUAUGAAGGUUGGAGGGUACAAGUUGUCUGCCUUGGAAAUAGAAUCAACCUUACUCGAGCACCCUACGGUUGCAGAAUGUUGCGUGCUGGGGUUGCCAGAUAAAGAUUAUGGGGAAGCGGUUACAGCGAUUAUCGUAGCGGAGUGUGGAGCAAAGAGGAAAAGAGAAGAAGAGUCAAAACCUGUGUUGACCUUAGAAGAACUCUGCGGUUGGGCUAAAGACAAGCUUGCUCCUUACAAGUUACCGACACGUUUGCUGAUAUGGGAGAGCUUGCCUCGAAACGCCAUGGGAAAGGUGAACAAGAAAGAGCUAAAGAAAUCUCUGGAUCAUCAUCAGGAGUAGAUUAUUCUCAGACAAACCAUGUAUCUCUCUCUAAAUGCUUCUUGUUCUUUGAAUUGUAAUACGCACCUGUAUAAAUAAAUAAAAUUUAUAUUUUCUAUAUUA